AUGGCGACUAUACAUUUUUUGGUUAUUUGUUGCUUAAUUGUUUGUGCGGGAUUCCGAUUUGCUGUGGCGGAUUAUAUUAACCUAAAUGGAAAGUGGGAUGUUACUAACGCAGACGGAAAGAUGUCUGUUCCCGGCAAUGUUCCUGGCUGUGUCCACAUGGCACUUCUAGAUUCCAAGAAAAUUGCGGAUCCUUAUAACAGAUUUAAUGAUGUUCUAAACCGAUCUAUUGCUCUUGAACCCUGGACAUACAGCAGAAAGUUCAAUGCAACCAAGACAUUGGUUACAAGGAGCUCAGUGGUGUUAGUUGCGGAGGGUUUAGACACAGUGGCAAUGGUCAAGAUAAAUGACAAAGUUGUCGGGAAUUCCACGAAUAUGUUCAUCAGAAAUGUGUUUGACAUCAAGUCUGCUAUUAAGGAAGGAGAGAAUACAAUCUCUGUCAUUUUCCAGUCAGCUAUAACUUAUGCAAAUCAUACAGCAAUGGCACAUAAAUAUGAAGUCCCUCCUAGCUGUCCACCCUCUGUACAGAAUGGUGAAUGCCAUGUCAAUUACAUCAGAAAGGAGCAGUGUUCAUUCAGUUGGGAUUGGGGACCAGCGUUUGCACCACAGGGUAUAUGGAAGAACAUACAUAUUGAAGCCUGGAACUGUGCUGUAAUCAGAGAGACGUCUGCCCUCGCUGUUAAGAUUGAUGGUUCAUGGGCGCUGAAACUUACGACAUAUGUAAAUGUCGCUAAUAAUGCGAAGGUCAAAAGUCAGCAGGUCACUGUAAUGUCUCAGAUUCCAAAUCUCGGGAUUUCUUAUUCAAAACCAGUGACAAUAUCGCCGGGUAAAAACGUACCAGUACAGAUGGUCAUUCCAGUAAAACAGGCGAAGACAUGGUGGCCCCGAGGAUAUGGCGAACAACAUUUGUAUGAGGUAAUGGUGCAACUGACCUGUCCCACUUUUGAAGAGAAAUCUACGCGGAGAUUCCGUGUCGGUUUCCGCACUGUUGAAUUAGUGCAGGAACCAAUAACGUACAGUCCGGGUCUGAGCUUCUAUUUUAAGAUAAACGAUAAACCCAUCUUCCUGAAAGGAUCAAACUGGAUUCCUGCCGAUGCAUUCCAAGAACGAGUCAACAAAACCGUAUUACAAAAUCUCCUCCAAUCAGCUGCGGACGCCAAUAUGAAUGCUCUACGUGUCUGGGGAGGUGGUAUUUACGAACAGGAUGCGUUUUACAAUAUAGCUGACGAGCUUGGCAUUAUGAUAUGGCAGGAUUUCAUGUUUGCGUGCUCCAUGUAUCCAACCAACGAGGAUUUCCUAAAGAGCGUCACACAAGAAGCGACACAGUAUGGCACCGAUAAAAACGCGACCCUGUACGAUGACGAUUACAGAAAGUUGUACAUUGAAACGAUUAAACCAGUUAUUGAUGAAUUGGAUUCUACCAGACCGUUUAUUGGUUCAAGUCCAACUAAUGGGGAUGAAAGCAUGAAGGAACACUGGAUUGCUAAAAAUCCUGCAGAUCCACUCUACGGGGAUGUACACUUUUAUGACUACACCAAUGACUGCUGGGAUAUCAACACAUUUCCCAAACCACGUUUCGCAUCGGAGUACGGCUAUCAAUCGUGGCCGUCAUUUGAAACUAUUCGAUCUGUAUCCAUUGAAGAGGACUGGGACUAUAGCAGUAAUUUUAGUGGUCAUCGGCAACAUCAUGCUACAGGAAAUGAGGAAAUGAAAAAAAUGAUCUUACAGCACUACAAACUACCAAACAAUCCUAACAAGACAUAUGAAGACAUGCUGUACCUUACACAGGUAUUACAAGCUAUGUGUAUUAAGACUGAAACUGAGUACUACCGUAGUCUCCAGAGCUCACUAGACAAGAACGGCCAGGGAAAGACGAUGGGCGCCCUCUAUUGGCAGCUGAAUGAUAUCUGGCAAGCUCCAACUUGGGCUUCAAUCGAAUACGGUGGUAAAUGGAAGAUGCUGCAUUAUUAUGCACAGAGGUUUUUUGCGCCAGUUCAUGUAGCUGCAUUCAAGACAUGCGAGAAAAGUGGACUAAAACUAUGUCAUGUGACCAUAUAUGGUAUAAACGAUCUGACCCAGAAUAUUGACGGGGUAUCAUUAAAGGCUACCAUGUGGAAAUGGGAGAAUAAACUCAAACCAUUAAAUACCUGGACAAUCAAGAAAUCAUAUACUCAGAAUGCACAAUCAUCGAUACAGCUUUAUAAUAGGGAAAUACAAUUUCUACUGUUUUCUGGAAAGUGUGCAGUUCAGACUUCAAAAUGUGUGAUGACUAUGGAACUGGUUCAAAACGGAACGACCAUUGCUCAGAAUGUUCUUUAUCUGAAGGGAUUUAAUGAAGCAAAAGGAAUUGGUGAAGCCAAUGUCAAGGUUUCAAAUGUCAGUGUGAGUGAAGAUUCCGAUAUGAAGUUCAACAUCACACUGACGAAUGACAACCUUGCACUUUUCACAUGGUUAGAUGCCCCUGGAAUCGCUGGACGAUUCUCAGACAAUGGAUUCUUUAUGACUACAUCUACGAAGACAAUAAUGUUCCAUGCUUGGCAGAAAACCACGGCAGAUGAUUUAAAGAAAGCGUUAUCGGUUAAAGUCUACAAUAAUAUCUAA